AUGGGGCAAAUAACAGUCGAGUUGUACCACAAGCACGCUCCCAAGACGUGCAGAAACUUCCUAGAACUCUCACGGAGAGGGUACUACAAUGGCACCAAGUUCCACCGUGUCAACCAGGGUCUCAAGUACUGCAAAUGUUUUGCAGUUGAUGGCGGUGAUCCUACUGGGACUGGACGAGGAGGCGAGUCCAUCUAUGGAUCACAGCGCUUCAACGCCGCAAGCAUAACGAUGUUAAACCGCCACCCAGGCAACCGGUGGGGUCAACUGUACUG